AUGCCAGUGCCAGAGGAUAACGCCGAGGAGUUCGCGCCUGCCCAGGUCAUCGCACAGGUCGCACCUCCUUCACCACUGCCCGCCCCACUUUCAGGUGCACACACCAAAGAGCAAUCGCAUGCAGAUGUUGCGCCAGAGCCUGCAGAUACGCUGCCUCUCUUGUCUCGAAGCCCUACAGUUAUGAGCGAGGCCGACAGUAUUCUGUGUCCAGUCUUGUCAGUGGCGGACGUUGACUCACCCGAGGCGCGACCCGCAUUACCUGUUGACGACAGGAACUCGAGUUCAGAAACCUUGGACCACAAAAGUCUUGAAUUGCAAGAUCAAGACGAGACGCACGUCGACAACAUGAGACCCAAUACACCGCCAUUGACUGAGAACUGCGAUACUGGACUGUCCGCGACAUCCUCUAUCACUCCACUGCCACUUGUUUAUAAGACCCUUCCAGACUCCACUAUCAUAGAGGACCCGGUUAUCGGCCCAAAGGCGCAGGAAAAUUUGGCAUGUGGUCAUGUGACACCCAAUACGCCCCCUUCAUCCGAAGAUCGAGACAGCAGCGUACCCGUGACACCCUCGAAGUCUCCACUUCUCACAGCACAUGUGGAACUAGCCGGUCCUUCGCAAUAUGAUACGUCUGCCCUGCCAACACCAUCAAGCACACAGAUGACAUCUAGCCGUGUGUCUUUGUCUCUGGAGUGCUCCCAAGAUGCCAUUGAUGCUCAUUACAAGCGAAUGAAAGGAGUUUACGGCAAGACACGGCAUUUGAUGCGUACACGCACCAAGCGAAUGUCACUUGUCGCUUCACGGGGCUUCCAGCGUGGAUCUCUACCUACGAGGCGAACAAAACCACCCUUACGCAAACGCCGUUACAGUGUCGACGUCAACACUGCCCAAAACUGGCAACAAGAGAAUCCACUCCAAGAUUACUCCAUGUUGGACGUACAACGACAGAAUCAUGAGACUGAUGCUGUGCCUCUUUCCACCACCGUUAUUGAUGCUAUUCCCAAUCCCUUUCGAUAUCCUCUUCUGAGCUCCAAGUACCAUUUCAGAUUCCCUCCGUCCAACGAUAAUGUUUAUCUCCGACUAGGAGACGCUGUUCUCAAAACCGAUGCCUAUGGGCACAUUGGUCUUACUGGUGGGUCAUACCACGUAUGGAUGACCGGUGACAGCCUGGAUAUGGCAAUGGAAGUUCUCCGCCGUGACGAACCGUGUCACACUCACGGCAUUGCGAUUGCCAAUUCUGCCGUCGCCCAAAUCUGUUAUUUUGCGCAUAUGAGCAAUGAUAGCUCACCUCAAGAGUAUAACGAAUAUAAGAUACAAUACGAAGACAAGAGAUGGAUCUUCAUCAUCAUCAACGAUGCUAUCGGCGGAUUUGAAAGCGACAGCGAGCAAGGCUCUCACUGGUCGUUUAUUGCCAUGGAUCGAGGAAAUAAGAAAGUACAUUACUACGAUUCGAUGUGGGCUCAGGAUUACGAUCAGAACUACAACCGCGAUAUUGGCCGUGACGUUGGUGCGGGUAUGCUGAAGAUUCUUGAAGAGGAUGCGAAUUUUUGGGAAUACAUUCCUGAAUACUGGACUCCAAACCAGAACUACUACAACAGAUUCACUUCUGAUGAAGGUGCUUGUGGGCCUUUUGUCUUCAAGAUGAUGCAGUAUCUCAUCCAGCAAAUUGUAUACUGGCAAGCGGUUGGCUGCGAUGUCAGUCUCAGUCUUGAGUCCACCUUUCCGCUAUGGUUCAAAGACAACCUUUUCGACUCAUGGCAGAUUCGUAGAGAGAUACAGGCGAGCAUUACUCGCUGGAAAGCCAUUGUCGAAGGCAUGCAUCUCACGACCACGCACGAUCAGGAUGUCCUCUUGGACGAGGAUAUUGUCCUGGAGGAUGUGCCCGUGGAAAUGUUCUGGUAUCCACCACAAAAUCUGUCCGUGGAUGUGGAUGACGAAAAACGUAACGUCGCCAGAAAUGGUAUCGACAGGAAGACGAGCAGCACUUCCGCGACUGGUGACACAAAUUUAGCGACAUCAUCUGAUCCAAUGGAAAUGGAUUUAACGCUGGAGGAUGCUGAAACCGAGGACGAAUACGAUGGCGGUGUUCAGAUCAUCAACCAUGACAACUCGGACGACGGGGACGAAUUCUCGGACAAGCCCCCUCUUCUUGUCACGCCUUCAGUGUCCGAUGACGACGAAGACUACGAUAUGUGGCGUUGA